AGUAUGGAGCCCAGAAAUGAAACACGUGUUUCAGAUUUCCUUCUCAUGGAAGUGACAAAGGAUCCAGAACUGAAACCCCUCCUUUUCAGCCUGUUCUUGUCCAUGUACCUGGUCACCAUCCUGGGGAACCUGCUCAUCAUCCUGGCCGUCAGCUCCAACCCCUACCUCCAUUCCCCCAUGUACUUCUUUAUCUCCAAUCUGUCUAUUAAUGACAUCUGUUUAAGCACAACCACAGUUCCAAAGAUGCUGGUGUACAUGCAAACACAGAAUCAGCACAUCAGUUACUCAGGCUGCCUCACUCAGAUCUACUUUGUUCUGGUGUUUGCUAGUUUGGAAAGUAGUCUCCUUGCAGUGAUGGCCUAUGAUCGCUAUGUGGCCAUUUGUCACCCACUGAGGUACACGGUCAUCAUGACCCCCCACCUCUGUGGCCUGCUGCUUCUCCUCCCCAUGCUCAUUAUCACUGUGGAUGCUCUGCUCCACAGUCUGAUGGUGCUGAAGCUGUCCUUCUGCACAAACCUGGAAAUUCCCCUUUUCUUCUGUGAAGUUGUUCAAAUCAUCCAGCUGGCCUGUUCUGAUACCCUCAUCAAUAACAUCCUGAUCUAUUUAGCUACUGUUGUAUUUGGUGGUGUUCCUCUGUGUGGAAUCAUUUUCUCUUAUACUCAGAUUGUCUCCUCUGUUUUGAGAAUGCCUUCAGCAGAGGGAAAAUAUAAAGCCUUUUCCACCUGUGGGUCUCAUCUCUCUGUUGUUUCCUUGUUCUAUGGGACAGGUUUCGGGGUGUACAUUAGCUCUGCCCUAACUGACUCUUCUAGAAACACUGCUGUGGUUUCAAUGAUGUACACUGUGAUCCCUCAAAUGAUGAACCCCUUCAUCUACAGCCUGAGGAACAGGGACAUGAAGGGCGCCUUGAGGAAAUUCAUCAGUAGGACACUAUCUCUUCUGUGA